GGGCUGGGGCUUGCACUGGGGCUGAGGGAAGGGCCCCGCAGGACUGGCUGGGCAUGAGAUCUGGAUUCCUAGGGCCAGACCUUGGGGCGGGGGAGCCGAGAGGCAGGUUGGAGCCUGCAGGGUCUGCAUGCCCAGCCUCAACCUUUCACUUGGGAAGGACGGAUCCAGGGUGCGGGAGAAGAGAUGGCUGCAUUUUUUCAGGGUGGAUUACUACGUCCAGAUUAAUGGGUUUCACUGCUUGGACCGGGGUUUGCUGGUGUUGGAAGGGCUUUCAGAGGGAGAAGCUGACAAGACAGAACAGAAGCGAAAGUUCUUUAGCGUCUACUCUGAAGACUCUUUUGUUCUUCACAGCUUUAAUGAUCACAGUUCCUAUUGGAUUAUAUUUCACAACUAAAUCUUAUAUAUUUGAAGGUAUCCUCGGAAUGUCGAAUAGGGAUAGUUACUUUUAUGCUGCGAUUGUUGCUGUGGUUGCCGUUCAUGUGGUACUGGCUCUCUUUGUGUAUGUAGCCUGGAAUGAAGGCUCACGGCAGUGGCGUGAAGGAAAGCAAGAUUAAAGUGAACAUCACCUUUUGAUGGAAUUGAAUUGAUUUUUUAAUAUGGUAAAUGUUUUUGGGACAUUGGUGAUGAGUAAAUUUUAUUUGAAUAAAGUUGAAAGAACAUGUUAAAAUCAAA